AAAAUGAAGUAGAUGUAAACAGGCAUGAAAUCACUUAUAAAUAUUUCUGUAUUCCUUUUGAAGGAAAAUAUUUACUUAUACCUUUAUUACAUCACCUUUUUAAUGAUUUUUCAAGUUAAACUAUGGAAGAAGCAAAUAUUUUUGACGAAAUUCGUUCACAAGUGGAAUCAAGCCAGUGGAAAACACAAGAUGGUACUAUUUUUUUAUAUUUUUAUACUAUUACUCUAAUAUUUAGUUUUGCAGGUAGUAUUAUUCGCAAACGGCAGUUUACAGUCGGAACUCAUUUUGAUGAGCGACCUCCAACAAAAAAACCAGCCCUUCCCGAGGAUGUGCCGUCGCCUCAAAAUAGCCAAUUGGCAAUUAUGGCCACAUUAGACGCUAUCCAGAAACGCCAAGAAGAAGUUUUCGCGAAACUUAAUAGCGUCGAGACUCGCCAAUUGGAAAUGGGUGAAACGAUUAAUCAAAUGCAAGGUGCCCUUUCCGAAAAGAUGCCAGAACGUAGCGAAAUACAGGCGCAAAGCAAACUGUUGCGGGAAUGCAGGGUAUUGACAGCAAGGGUUCAGCAGUCUGUUAGUCGCAUCACCGGUGACGUGGAAACCGAGGAUUCGACAGAUUUAGCCAGCAUGCUUCCCAUGUCAUCGGUGGAGCAAGUCCAGGCUGCUGAAGCCAAGCUGAAAACCAAGGCAUAUGCCGACGCAAUGAUGGGGCUACUAGCUAGGCAAAAGGGCACCAAAGGCACAGUUGACGGCGUUAUGCGUGGCUUAUUUACAGACGAGACCGUGGCGCAUUUUAACUUGGAGGGAAGGGCUGGCAAUAUUCCACUUGUGGGACUUAAAGUCGUCGAUCUUCUUUUUGGUAGUAUUAUUCGCAAACGGCAGUUUACAGUCGGAACUCAUUUUGAUGAGCGACUUCCAACAAAAAAACCAGCCCUUCCCGAGGAUGUGCCGUCGCCUCAAAAUAGCCAAUCGGCAAUUAUGGCCACAUUACACGCUAUCCAGAAACGCCAAGAAGAAGUUUUCGCGAAACUGAAUAGCGUCGAGACUCGCCAAUUGGAAAUGGGUGAAACGAUUAAUCAAAUGCAAGGUGCCCUUUCCGAAAAGGUGCCAGAACGUAGCGAAAUACAGGCGCAAAGCAAACUGUUGCGGGAAUGCAGGGUAUUGACAGCAAGGGUUCAGCAGUCUGUUAGUCGCAUCACCGAUGACGUGGAAACCGAGGAAUUGACAGAUUUAGCCAGCAUGCUUCCCAUGUCAUCGGUGGAGCAAGUCCAGGCUGCUGAAGCCAAGCUGAAAACCAAGGCAUAUGCCGACGCAAUGAUGGGGCUACUAGCUAGGCAAAAGGGCACCAAAGGCACAGUUGACGGUGUUAUGCGUGGCUUAUUUACAGACGAGACCGUGGCGCAUUUUAACUUGGAGGGAAGGGCUGGCAAGAUUCCACUUGUGGGACUUAAAGUCGUCGAUCUUCUUUUUGAUAUUUUCCUAGAAAAGUCGAAAGAAGAAGUUCGCGCUGCCCUGAAAAAAUAUAUUAGUUUAAGCUACAAUAAACAUAAUCAAAAAAAAUAUAUUACAAAAAAAAGUUUAAGUAAUAAUGUAGAAUAA